CAUGGUCAGAAGUUAUAUAUGCAGCCAGGGGAAUGUGAAGCAGCUGACCGAACAGGGAGGAGCUGCGCAUUUUGCUUCAGGCAGUUCAGUCCUGUGCUGUCGGCCAAGUUUGAACAAUAAUUUCGUCUUCAACCAAAAUCAAGUGCGAUUGGAAAACGUACCAAACCGCUGCAGCACAUUUUGGGGACAGACAAAUUCGUUUCUGUUACAAUGGGAAGCUGGAAGAAUCACGUGCGCGCUCGACUGCAACAGAGAGACCACACUGAGAAACUGCCAUACUUUGGCGUGUUCACAAGAUUGUGUCAGAUGGAGGAACGUUUUGAAAUUCGCAAACAAAUUUUGGAUGAUGUUCAGUCUAAGAGUUCAGGCCAAGUGGGAUUUGAAGUUGGGAAAAACACCAAACUCCUUCAACUCCAACUGAAAGAGAGUGAACACCUGGCAGAAAAGCUGUCUCAGACUGUCUCCGACCUGACCACUGUCCUGUGUCUGAAAGAGGCUGAACGGCAGUACUUGCAGUCACGUGUGUCCCACUACCGUCAAGAGGCUCUUACUCUGGCAAAAGGGAGUAACACCCUGAAGGCGACCCUUUAUGAAUUUGAGUUCACCAUCGAGUGUCAAUCCAAAGAGUUGGCAGCCCUGCGUGCGGAGCAGAAAGGACUAAAUCAGGCGUUGGCACAGGCCUGGAGAGAGAAAGAGGAACUCUUACAACGAUGGAUGGAGGAGAAGAGGGGGGAGGCAGACCGGUUGAAUAAGUACAACGACACACAGGAAAGGUGGCAACGUUUGGCCAAACAGCUGAAGAAGCACCUCCGUAGUGAGGUGAGAAAAGACUGUUUCCAAAGGGACGAGCUCUUGGAGUGGUGAAACAGAAACGCCUGCAUCCGUCAUUCAGAGGAUCAUGAUAGACACCAGGGACACUCAGAACACGACCAUGUCUCAGCUGUGGCAAAAGUCUAAUAUUCCCAUGGGAUAACAGUUCAGCACUGCGAUUACCUUUCUGUACAUUUCACCCUCCUACAUCAGCUUGUAGUUUAAAAAAACUAUUUGCCCAUAUGUAACGCCAGAAAUGUAAAGAAGGAUUGACCCCUUUGCAACUAGAAGUGUUGGUUUCUUAUUUGUUGUUUUAAUUAGCCUAAAUUGUUUAAAAAUCCUCCAUAUUCUCUAAAUUAAUUGUUUAAUUUAGAAUUUCCUAAUUGCCUAAUUUUACAUUUUCUGCUUUAACUAAAAUCCCCUUUUCCCCCCAAAUAAUGUCAAUUACACUCCAGCUAAGUUAUCACAUCUGGACUUUGUCCUGAUUGACACCCCUCACUAAAGGUACCAUUUGAGGUGAUAAACCACACAAACACAACCUCUGCUCAUCUUUGUUCACAUCAUUUAAAUUGCAGGAGCUGGAGUUGUUUUAAAUGUUUAUUUGCAAAGAAAAUCAUGUAAAUAAUUUUUAUUUCCUAGUUUAAAAAGUGUAUUUGAGAAGAAUUUAAUAACCGGGGAUCGUUGUAUUGUACUUAAUUUUUUUUACACAUUUUAAUUAACUUUGAAUUAUUAACAUUUCUUAUUAAAAUGGAAAAACAACUAUCCCAGAUGAUUAUGUUAUUGUGUAUAUAUAUGUAUGUAUGUAUGUAUGUAUUGUUGUUUUACCAAAUCCAGUGUUGUGAAAAAUAAAGUCACUUGUACGCAAAUUUUGUAUUUUGA